UUUGGUCAACAAUGAAGCUUGCAGACAUGUUACCAAGAACAUUAGUAACUGUUGCCUUUCUUACGCUAACCUAUGGGUUUCAUUUCAUAGAAGCUGGUGCUGAUUUUGGCGAUUUGGAAAAGAUCACUUUAGGUCUACAAACCAUGAUUCAGCAAUUGUCGGGCCAAAUUGAUGCACAAAACACCAAGAUACAAAAUAUGGAGGCUUUGAUUGAUCAGCAAAAUGAGAAAAUUGAAGCAUUGACAAGGAAUUAUGAAACAAAUGAAAGGUUAAAAACCAACUUUUUGGACGACUUGGUAGAUAAUAGGAAUUCUACCCAAAAACACGAUUCUAAAUCCAAUUACAAUAGCCUUAGUAGACGGAAGAGAGAUUUGGAGUUGAUAGUUUCAAGACAGAAGAGACUUAUUUCUCCAGGAGAGCCCACCCACCAAGAAGUGGCUUUCUACGCCUACAUGUCAAGCCAUCUGGUGAGCCCCGGGCACGGACAACAACUAGUUUUCCAGACUGCGGUCACUAAUGUCGGCAACCACUACAACCGCCACAGUGGAAUCUUCACGGCCCCCGUCCCCGGGGUCUACGUCUUCAGCUGGACCCUGGCGGUAUCACAGGGACACUAUAUCUACACUCAGAUCUUUGUCAAUUCGAAUGCGGUCGGGGCGACGUACACGAGCGCGUACGGAGUGGACAAUGUCCGAACCACAACGGGACUGGUUGUCGUGCAGCUGAACGCAAUGGACGUGGUCUCUAUUCGGGUUAACAUGAAUGGAGCUUUGGAUGCAACCGUGUACAGCAAUGAUUACCACAAAUCAAGUUUCAGCGGUUGGAAAAUCAACUGAAGAAAUUUAUUUUUACAUGUAUAUACUGAAUACAUGCAUUUGUAUUAUGCUCCUGUCUGUAUCAUCGCCAUAAAACUGCAAAUAAAUGAAAAAUUUCUCGCCAUUC